CAGCAUUCUCAAUCUCCUCCACUGCCCCCCAAUCUCGUCCCAUCCGCCAAGAUGCUCCGAGAAGUAAAACCCAAGAACGCGCGCACCGCGCGCAUCCUUAAAGCCAAAGAGCCGCAACUUAUCGAGCCCCCGAAACGGACUCUUCUCCUUCACGGAUCGAAAUGCCCUCAACCGCUGCACACGGUGCUGAAGACCUUCCACUCACUGACUCGGCCCAAUUCGGUUUUAUUCCACAAGAAGAAUGCCAACAUCCACCCGUUCGAGAGCGUUGAGAGCCUGGAGUUUUUGGCCGACAAGAACGAGUGCGGCAUGGUCGUGUUCGGAAGCAGCAACAAGAAGCGCCCUAACUGCGUGACGCUGGCCCGGGUGUUCAACUCCAAGAUCCUGGAUAUGUGUGAGCUGUUGUUGUUGCCGAAUCAGGACCAGACGGCUGGGUUGGAGAGUCUGCAGAUUGGUAUUGGCAUGCGGCCGAUGCUGUUGUUCUCGGGCAGUGCUUGGGAUGAUGAGACGUCGACGGCGCAUGUUAUGCUGAAGAGCAUGUUUGUGGAUAUGUUCAAGGGAGAGACGAGUGAUAAGAUUGAUGUUGAGGGUUUGCAGUAUGUGUUGAUGAUCGGCGCGGAGGAGGCCACGGACGGGCUGGCGCCUGUUGUGCACCUUCGCUGGUACAAGUUGCGGACGAAGCGCAGUGGGCAUAAGUUGCCUCGUGUGGAGUUGGAUGAGAUUGGUCCUAAGUUUGACUUCAAGGUUGGACGUCUGCAAGAGGCGCCGAGGGAGGUCAUGAAGGAGGCCAUGAAGCAGGGUAAGAGGCCGAAUGAGGAGAUCAAGCUCAAGAAGAACAUUGGGUUGGAUUCGAUCGGUGAUAAGAUCGGUCGCGUGCAUCUGGGUAAGCAGGAUCUUAGCGGUCUGCAGACUCGUAAGAUGAAGGGUUUGAAGCGUCGUGCUGGUGUCGAGUCGGAUGAUGAGGAGGGUGAUGCCGAUAUGAUGGAUGUGGAUGAGAUCUCGGAGGAUGAGGGACGCAAGCGGACGAAGACGGCCUGAUGUGCUUGACCACACUACAGUUUAUUCAUUUCUUUGAUGCGCAUACUGUCGUCUACUAUUGUCUAUCUACUAUCUAGUAUAGUCUACCUCUCUAUCGGCGUUCCGGGGGUUUGGAUUUCACUCUUGACUGAGGUCAAAGCAGCUCGCUCGGACCGGUAUUGUUGAUAUGUGAUGAUGUUUUAGACAUGCAAAAAGUUGUUACUGUUC